AUGACGGUAAUCAUCUUCUUGUUGUUCUACUUGCUUCCCGCCAUCGUCUCCCACGUUACCUGGACCUUCCCUGAGGCCCGGUAUCCGCCGUUGGACUUCUUAGACACGGCCAGGACCUUAGGGCAGUGUGGAAUUCCGAAGUCAGAUAGGAGUGAGUUUUAUGACAAUUUGUGACAUUUUUUGUUCAAUUGUGGCAUUAUUUGAAGUUGUUAAACAAAUUAGAUAAAUUGGUUUUAGCUACAUUAACUUUUAUUAUUAUUUGAUAUCGUUACGUAUCAUUAACUAAUCCUUCAGGUGGCUACACUACUCUUAAAACUGGCACAAGAUACAACGUAACCUGGAGGCUACAAUACCCGCACCAAGGUGGCUUCAGAAUCCGCUUAAUCGAUUACUUGGGCAACCUUGUAGAACAACUUUCUCCCCCAAUAACCAGUUCGGAAACCAAUUCUACGUCAUUCGAUGGCCUCCAAGAUCAAAGGUAGCUUCUGAAUGCUUAAAACCAAUAUUAUUUAGAAUCCAUUACAGUAAAGUCUAAUUAAAUGUCGGUAACACUACUAUAAUAUAAUCUUUAGUUUGGAGAACCAUCAAGUACAAUUUGACAGUGUCUGUCCCAACUGUACACUGGUACUGGAGCGACAAGCCUUAGAGUGGGGCCCUUCAUACAAGUUCAAGUCGUGUGCUGAAGUUCACAUCGUAGAGGUCGAGAGUAAGGAGAAAGAGUGUAUGGGAAGAGGAGAGAAGACAGACGACACGUGUAAGUGCAACAAAGGAUACUCUGGUGACAUAUGUCAAUAUCGCAACGACUGUGACAAUGACAAAGACUGUUAUAAUGAAGGAAAGUGUGUUCAAGAUGGUAUCUACCUCCACAAAAAGACGUGCUUCUGCCCGUAUGGGUGGUAUGGCAAAGAUUGCAGAGACAGUAAGGUUUACUGUAACGAAUCAUUACAUUAAUAAUUGUCGCAUCACAUAAAAAAACAAUUAAAGCGCAACAUAUAUAUAGUAAUCGAUAAAUCAUUUAGAGUCAGGGCCAAUGUUCGUUGACGAUGAAUGUUUCAACUACGAAGGAGGAGAGAUGGACAAGUUCAAGUACAACGUCUUUGACCCAAAGUGUUACAAAGAACAUAACCUUACCAAGGAUGACUUCAUGUACACGAGAGUUCUCAAAGUAGGUCAACUUCAGAUAAUACUAGGAUUAACUUAUAUGAAAGAACUUUAUUUACAUUAAAUUACAGGACGAGAUAGAAAUAGUACUAGACUUUAAAACAGAGUCGUAUGUAGCUAUCGGAUGGAGACCCACUAACAUACCAAGAACUUGUCGCUUGUUCCCAAACUUGGAUAAUAAAAAAGAAAAAAACUCAGAAACUUCUGGUUACGGUAGGUUUACUAAACAAUUGUUUGAACAUAGCCAACUACUCAGAGAUAAAAAAGCAAAAAUAAUCAAUCAAAAACUUUUUAGCUCAAUCAGCGCUGGACUCUCCAUUACACGGAAUGGACUGUACUGACAUCAUGAUGGCGUCUGUAGCCGAUGGUGACCUUAUUCAUAUUGAAGACAUGUACACCAGAGACCGGUCGACUCCUAUCUCCGACAACCUGCUGGAUGGAGAGCAGUCCCUUACCACAGCAUAUGGCAAACAGAAAGAUGGGAGGACGAUUGUCAUGUUCAGGAGAGGGAUAAGAGGUAUGUAUGAAAUAGAAUCGUAUGUCUGCUAUAACAUCCUUCUUCCUACGAACAAAACAAUAGUUCACGCGAUUAACGUAACACUUUUUUCAGAAAUUGAACCCUCAGACCACCCAUUUGGGCCAGGCCUUAUUCACCUGAUCCAUGCCAAAGGCCAAGACCAAGGUUCUUACAAACACUUUACCCCAUCAGCCUUGGAGAAGAACAAGGUCAAAGUGAAGAACUUUUACAAAAACGACCAGUGGAGGUACCACGGAAGUACGUUGCAUAUUUCCUUAUACUACCUUAGACAUCUGAAUCAAUUUUUUAUGUUAAAACAAGGUCGAUAAGUAUUGUUAUAGGCGAAAACCGAGGGGUUCAUCGACUUGAGUUAGUGUCGAACACCGAGAUCAGUGCCGGCCGAAGCUUCCUCCUACACAAACCUGACAUUGUGGAGCGACCACAAGUUGACAAUGCUCAAUUCAGAGAUCAAGUGCUCCCUCGACCUCAGCCCUCAUCCACCGCGAGCUCGGUGGUGGUCGUGGAUCUCGAAAACGAAAACACGAGCGAGACUUUUGGUCGCUCGAGUGAACCCACCAAAACUACCGUAACCCACGAGACCAUUACCGUACUCGACUCAACCACUACAAAACGAACUCAAGCUGGUGUUACAAACAUGGCUGCCACCACUUCAUCUCCAGAAGAAACGACGGCACAAUAUCUGGACAGCACAACACCACCACCGCCCAACGAGUCUGAUACCAUUGAGAAGUUCCCUGCCACAACGACCUCGUCCUCCGCCACUUCCGCGACACUAUGUUCUCUAAUAUUUAUUGUUGUUCUGCUCCAAUGA